GAGACUUGAAUACUGGCGUGUUGCCGAUGAAGUACCUCUUUGUCUGCAAAAUCAACAGCAUGCAUCGUCAGGUAUAUCCUCCAAACUCUUGUUCUUCUAUAUCUGCCUGCUGGCUGCCUUCGGGUGCUUGUCGCCGUACAUGAUUCAUUCAUCCGCUUCUUCUCGCUGAAACUGUCAUAUGGACGCACGGAUCGUCCCCACUUGUUCUUCUCUACCUGCCUGCUGACUGCCUUCGGUCUCUUGUGGUCGUGCAUGAUUCAUUCAUCCGCUUCUUCUCGCUGAAACCGUCAUAUGGACGCACGGUAAUCCUCUCUGUGGUCUUGUUUGACCAGGGCGGACUCGAUGUAUCAACCCAUGCCGACGCCAACUUUCUUAUCCUUAUUUUGUCCUGCGGCAUCUAUCCGAGGCGCUGAUGGCUUACAGCACGGACUAUUGCAUACCCUAAUUGAUGCACUCCUCCAGCCUUGCAGCCUUGUUCUGGCUUCUGCCGAUUUUGCAUCGCUUCUCCUGCCGGUAUUUUACUCAAGAACGGCAAUGUUCUUGAAGAUGAGGCCUUUUUCAGGGUCGCUUGCCGUCGGUCUGCAGCAUGUCUGGUGUCUGCGGUUAUCGGCCUCUAUCGGCCGACGUGCUUCCCCUGUUUCCCAAGGCCACGCGCUCUACCGGGCCACGCAUGCAAGCAACUCGGCAUCAGUCGUGUAGAUAAUCUAGUUUCCACUCAAUCCAAUCCAAUCGCUGCUGAAGUCUCUGGCACGGCCGGCGAUGACGUCUAUUCCUUUCCGAGCCCUUCGAGUGACCUGCCGCCAGCGACACAGGCGACGCAUUCAUCAAUAAAAAUCACCGCGCGGGAUUAGAAUCCUGCAGCCACACGAAAACAUCUCUUCAUUUGCUUUGACAACACUCCCUCAUUCCAUACUCUCUCUCUUUGCUACAAUGGUCCUCAAGCUCUACGGUUACACACACUCCAGCUGCACCCGUUCCGUGGCUACCGUCUGCAAGGAGAUCGGCGUCCCCUUCGAGUUCAUCCUCAUCGACAUUGCUGCCGGUGAGCAGAAGACGCCCGAACACCUAGCCCGCCAGCCUUUCGGUGUAGUGCCAGCAAUCGAGGAUGAUGGCUUCAGUCUCUUCGAAAGCCGUCCGAUCGCGCGGUACAUCGUGGCAAAGUACGGGAACGGAAGCACACUCGUUCCCGAUCCGAAAGACAUCCAAGCGACUGCCAAAUUUGAGCAGGCCAUGAGCAUCGAGAGCAACCACUUCGACAGCGUUGCACUACCCAUCAUAAUCGAGAAAGUGUUCAACCCGAUGAGGGGAUUGGCAACGGACGAGACCAAGCUUGCGGCGUUGGUCGCCACAAUCAACGCGAAAAUGGAUGUUUAUGAAAAGAUGCUGGCAAAGCAGACCUAUCUCGCCGGAAACACGCUGACAAUUGCCGAUAUCUUCCAUUGCCCAUGGCUCGAGGGACUGAAGACGGCUGUUGGACCUGAGUUGUUUACCAGCCGUCCAAAUGUCAACCGUUGGGUCGAGGAUAUCACAUCCCGUCCCAGCUGGCAGUCGGUGAAGAACGGAGUUUAAGCACCAUCAAAUGCUCAUUGUAUUCACGAAUCACUACCCGAGCAUCAUUAUUAAAAGCCACUUUGAAUCUGGG